CAUCAUGCACCAAGCAAUAGCUUCUUUUUUAUUAAUCAGUUGUUUGAAGUCAUCAAGGUACGGCGAAAAGAACACUAUAAUGUGUCGGUCAUGUGCACAUGACCUCCCUUCGUAAUAAAAUAUAUCUAAACUGAAAAAUUAGCCGGUUACAGCAGAAUACAGAUUCACGUGUACAUUAGAUAUUUUAAGAGUGAUUAACAUCACUUGUCUUAACCCCUCUUAAUCUCCUGUAAUAAUCAUAAAUCAAUGCGUGACUCAAGAGUGAUCAAUGUCCAUGUUAUAAUAAUUAUUGUUAUGUCUUAAAAAAAGUUGUCAAUGUCUUUCACCGAAAUGAAAAUACAUUAAUGGGAGGCCACCUACAUUGUAAAGUAAUGAUAUAUGUAGUAAAACGCACAUGCAUUAUACUUGAACAUGUUUCUACAGUUUCACUCAUAUAUAACAAAACUACAUCAACCAAAAGUUUCUUUUGAAAAAAAAAAACUAAUUAUAUUCAACAUUAUGAAGCUUAUCUAUGAAGAGAAAAGGAACAAAAGCUUACAGCCUUUCUUUUUUCUUUUCUCUUUUGCUGUUUUUAAAAGAAUUUUAUUUAAGUAUAUGCCAAUUUGCCAUUUUUUUGCAUCUUGUCAGCACCCAGUAUCCUCCACCAUGAAUUAAAAAGCUUAAAGCGGCCUUUGGUUUAUCCGCUAUUUUCAACAUUACUCCUUACAUUUAAUAAAACAUUACAUUAUUAACCCCAACUUAUUCGUUUACACAGAGUUUCAAGCCAAUUUGAAACAGAUUACAUUAAACUAAAGGACGAAAUGUACAAAUCAAAAAUUACUAGGGGCUUAUAUGUUAUUUAACUCUCAUGUCUCUCUCUCUCUCUCUCUCUCCUCCAAAUAAGAACCAAUCUUCUUCUUCUUCUUCUUCUUCAACUUUCCUCCUCAUUGACUCCAUUUUUGAAAAACUCCUGAUUUUCUUUUAAGCCGAAUCUCAUACUCUCUCUCUCUCCCCUCCUUCCACUAAUCCCUCGCCUCCUUAAUCGGACCUUCGAAAUCUCUUUAUUCAAUCAAAACUCCAAUCGAUUUCAAACUUUCUUGGAAUCUCCGUCUUCCUCCAAAGCUUCUUCGUCGGAGACAACCCUAUCAACACCUGGUCAAUCAAUCAACGACCAAGCACUGGGGAAAAGAGAGUGUCUUUAACAUCCUUCGAAGGAGAGAUGCUGGGCGCUGGGUUUCAGUUGACGAGGGGACGACACGGCGAAGACCAUUUCUACAAAUCACCCAAAGGGGCCCGAGCCAAGCCCAAUCACCGCGCCGAUCAGCUGCGGAGAGCUCAGAGCGACGUCUCAGCUAACCCCAAGCAACGCGAGAACGAGUCUCCUUCUGGGCCCACUAAUCUUGAACGCUUCUUAGAGGCCGUCACGCCAUCUGUGCCGGCCCAGUACUCACCCAAGUCUAUGCAGACGUCGUUACGGGAAAGAAGAGUGCCUUACUUUGUGCUUGGAGAUGUGUGGGAGUCGUUUGCGGAGUGGAGCGCCUACGGGGCAGGAGUGCCUCUUGUUUUGAACAACAAGGAUCGUGUUGUUCAGUACUAUGUGCCUUCCUUGUCAGGGAUUCAGAUAUACGCUGAUCCUCAUGCGUUGAGUUCGUCUCUUAAAGCAAGGCGGCUUAGUGAUGAUUCGAGUAGCGAUGUCAGCACGGAUAGUGAUUCUGAACGGGUUACUGCUGGGAUGGAUCAUGUAUCGUUGAGAGAUCAGCUUCUGGAAGACUCGUCGAGUGAUGACGGUGAACGUUUAGGUUCUCAAGGUCGUUUGAUGUUUGAGUAUCUUGAAAGAGACCUUCCUUACAUCCGUGAACCUCUGGCUGAUAAGGUCUCUGACCUUGCUGCUCGGUUUCCUGAGCUGAAGACGCUAAGAAGCUGUGACUUACUUCCUUCAAGCUGGUUUUCUGUGGCAUGGUACCCAAUUUACAAAAUACCCACAGGACCUACAGUUAAGGACCUGGAUGCUUGCUUCUUGACGUAUCAUUCCCUUCACACACCGGUUGCAGGUCCAAGCAGUGCACAACCAAUGAGCCUUGUGCAGCCAAUGGAGAGUGAGAAGAUGUCAUUGCCAGUAUUUGGGCUCGCUUCAUAUAAGUUCAGAGGUUUUGUAUGGACACAAAAUGGAGGCUCUGAGCACCAGCUAGUAAACUCUCUCUUCCAAGCUGCUGACAAGUUGCUGCGUUCAUGUCAUGUUAGCCACCCUGAUUUGCUCUUCUUCUGCCGCCGCUGAUAUGAUAACUUUUAGUACGAUUUUUAAAAAAAGGAAGUUUCUCGAUAAGUUACACAGCCAAAAUGAAAUUUGUGAAAAACAUUUUUAGUGGUUCACAAAGAGUUUGAAUAUUAAAACUCAAACUGUUGAUGGUUGGUCUCAGACCUAAAGUUGCUUUAUCUGUAAGGUAUAGAUAAACGAGUUUUGUUUUUUGUCAGGUUA